AUGUAUUUUUUACUCGAUAAACAUAGGUUAAGUUCUGAGAAAACUCAAGAAAUAAACAACCUAUCUAUUCGAACAUCUAAAACAACUAUCAGCUUGGAUAAUGCUGUUGGAGAAAAAUCCUACAUACCUUCCAACAGCAUUAACAAUUUCUUGAAAGAGAGACCGUCAGAGGGCAAAGAAGAUUGCAUUUGGAACGUCAUUGAUAGGUCCCCCAAAAAUCAAACUAAAGAUGCUGAAUUUUCAACAAGAUUUCAACUUAAAGAACUAGUGCAUGUUCCCUCAGGACGAGAAUGGGAAUCUGUUAACGAAAGCAAAUCACUGGGAUUACGGCACCUGAUCCGAGACAAAUCCGUGGUUCCAGUUAUCCUUGUGGAGGCAAGACCUUUCAAUAAAGACACGCACAAUUUCAACAGUAACAAAACAAACAAUGGAACCAUGCCCCAAUUGUCAAGCGAUUGUGGAUUACAAUGUGAAAAAGAUUUGCCUGAACUUCUUUUUUCAUUGAAAGAUAAAUAUUCAUUUCGUGAUGAAAUGAACAAAAAUAUUCUGUAUGAUGAUGAGAUUAAGAGAUUUGCCAAACUUUAUUGUAUUACCAAUUUUUGCCCUGUGCUUUCAUGUCAUGAUUCAAUUUUCUGGUUAAAAGACCCUGAUGGUGUUAUCUACAUAUGGUCUCGUAUAGAUGGUAUGAUGAUACGUGGAGGAUGUGAUAUGAAGGAGGCUCUGUCAAACUUUCUUUUUCAUGAGGAAAAUCUUUACUACAUUGAAGAUUACACUCUUGAAUUGAUACCAGUGAAAAAAGCUAAAGAAGAAGCCAAAAAAUGGUGUGAAGAGAAUAAAAAUACUACAACUAAAUUUGUGAUAACUGAUGAAUUACUAAAACCAUUAGAAAAAAAAAAGGAAGGAUCCAAUAAAAGUGGGAAACAAAAGAAGUAA